UGUUUCAGAGAUUGCCAGAACCCUCAAAGGCAGUGGUGCUGCUUUACCCCACUACUGCUGGGGUUGGGUUCAGUGAGGUGGGUGAGGUUGGCCAGGAGCGCCAGGCCCCUGGGCGUUUUUGCACGGGGUUCUGCCUCCCUGGGCUCUCUUCUGUCAUUCUUUGGGUGUCCUAACUCACCCCACACCUCUGACUGUGACCAGCCUUGUAUCCCUGACACACUUCCUGUGACUUUUGUGGUUCUCACCCCAUCUACAACUAAGCAGGAGGGCAGGAGCGGAUUUCUGUAGAAAAAGAGUGUCUUUACAAAUUCCUGGGUGAAACCCUUCGAGGUAAUAAUCCACCAGAUUUUUAUUUGAAUUGCUCUAUCAUCUUUUAAUUACUCCAGAGUGCUUUCGCCUCCCUGGUAGGAAGGAGGAAGGUGAUUCCUCAGAUGAAACCAAAACCUGGGGCCGCUGAGGUGGAGCUGGAGGUACAGGUGUCUUUCUGAGAACGGAGGGCAGCAGUGGGGUAUCUUUCUCUGUCCUCUGUGUAUUGCCUGUGGUGUAGAAGAGUGAGUUCCUCAUACACACAGUAGUACUUCAGCUAAGCCUUUUAAGGGCUAGGAACAGACUUAAAAGAGCCACCUCGAGUGGAGCAUAGAGAAGGAGACCUCAGGAGAGGGGAUGGGGGGACGGGAACAAGAGUGAUAGAAAAUAGCUGAAGCUUGCAUCCCCCUUCAGACUUUUAAGUUUGUCUAAUUAAAAUCUUUCGUGGUCUGGACAUCUGGCCUGAAAGGACCGACGAGUCUCUCCCUAUUACUCAGACGAUAUGAGAGGGAGCUUUACAAGUGUGUUUGGACUAGUGCAUUAGUAAGGCUACACUGGGUAAGAAUAGAGGAUUUGCAAAUCCAGACCCUAAGGAGUCAAAUGUGACUUCCUGGACAUUCUCUUCCUCAACAAAUUGUCAUCCACACUUUUUAAUUGUGUUACAUGAAAACAUAGAACUUUAAGUUGCUUUCAAAUCUUUUAUGUGGUGGCAACUUAGACUCCUAUUAGAGAUGGCAAGGAAGAACACCAGGUAUCUUUUAGAUAAGCUUGCUUCUGAUCACUUCUCUUGGAGUGCUGGCCUAUAGGCACUUCUGAUUUUCUUGAGACACUCUGUCCCUGUUCAGAUUAGGUGACGACUCCUAUUUGCUUGUAAGCCUCUGCCCUUGACUUUCACAUUCCCGCCGUAGGUGGAGCUGGAGCCCGCUCAGCUUCCCAGAUGGGCUCCACCUGCCCCGUCCUGGUGGCUUCAGCAUUCCUUCGCGCUUCCCGUCUGGCUCACUUCCAAAUGAGCCUGCUCGUUUCCUUUCUCCGGAACCUACCUCCCCUUACAGCCAAGCUACAAGGGGUCCAUGACCACUCAAAUGAUGUGGAAGUCACAAGAUCUGACCUUUGGAAGAGCCUCUAGUGCCCCUGGGCUAACCUGAACUAGUGACGAUGGGCUCCAAGGCCACAAUUGUAAUUGCUCUUAGCCAAAGGAAGUGGCUGGCUGCUGAAUGACCCUUAGAGCCUUGAGCAGUGAGAUGAUUUAAUCUAGAAUUUAGGGUGGACAUUGUGUCACCGUUUGCCAUUGUAGUGUCUUUCUUCUCUCCUGGCUUCUCAGCGAUCGCUCAUAUUAUUGUUCCAGUUAAUUUUCCUAAUACUCAGUGGACUGACUUUGUAGGUACUUGAUUAGGACAGUGGUAUAGAUAAUACAGAAUAUUAGAAAACUGGGGCACCUGGCUGGCUCAGUUACAAAAGUGUGCAGCUCUUGAUCUCGGGGUCGUGAGUUCAGGCCCCACGUUGGGUGUAGAGGUUACUUAAAUGAAGACAAAAAUGUUAGAAACUCACUGCUGAAAAGGACAGGGACCAUAGUCCAAUGUUCUCUUAAUAAUCAGGGAAACUCCUUGAGGACCCACCUUCCUUUGGAAACCUGAGAAUCCACUGCGGCUUCCUUUCUGAGACCUCAGAGAGCUGGGCCUGAGGCAGGCCUGCUGACUCACCUGCAGCCAUGUUGUUUUUCUAAUUAUCAGAGCUGAUUAGCUGGAUUUGGAUGUGCUUGGCUCUGAGGGCUGUAAUAGUCUUCUUUCUUUCUUACCUAGCUCGCCUAGAGUUUGAGAAAGUUAAACCAGUUGUGAAAAUGUAUCACCUUUCAGAAAUGAACAGCAUCUUAAUUGACUCCCUUUGAAAGCACGUCAAACUGGGAUUGCUGAGGUUGGGUCUAAUCUGGUACCCCUUGAGGUUGGGCGCUCAGGCUGGGGCACUCUGAGGAGACUCGUCCACCUCCAACUUUGUUUUCUGGCUCCAAACAAACGAGUGGCUGUUUGACGAUUGGCACGCGACCCGGGUUUUGAAAGCACAGCCAUAUAGGGUAUUGCGGACUGGGAACCAGGGGGUUUAAAAAGUGAGGUCAUGGAAGGCCCAGAUGGGACUCUCUUCGUGUGGAUCACAACUGCAAUUAAUCUUAUUAACAUCCUGGGCCCGUGCCUGCUCUCACUGCCUCGGGUGUGUGAGGGUAUUUAAGGGGCAGGCUUUGAAGGACUGUCUCCUUUGAUGGUGCAGAUGCAUAACAGAAGCGUGUAAAACUUUGUAUCUGCUGUUAUAAAGGCCUUUUGUGUGCCCUUGCAGAUUCAUUUAGUUUGGAGAAGCAAACAGAAAACCUCGUGCAGAUAAGAUGUUGCGAGGCUGGGUUGCAAAUGCAAUCUUGUAGAUGCGGGCUCUGUGACCAGAUAGAAUCAGUUGAAAAGGAACCCCCCCCUCCCUGCCCCCCCAACAUAGAGCUAGUUCCAGCACUGUAUUCCAGAGUGAGUGGAAGACUUAAAAAUGCUGUCAGAUCACGGGGAGGCAGGAGCAGACAUAGGAAACAGCAAACCGUGGAGGUGUGUGCGGAUGUGGAGAAAGAGAAGGAAACCCACAAUUACCUCAGCAAAGAGGAAAUCAAAGAGAAAGUUCACAAAUACAACUUAGCAGUCACAGACAAGUUGAAGAUGACCUUGAACUCAAAUGGGAUUUACACUGGCUUCAUUAAAGUCCAGAUGGAACUCUGCAGACCCCCACAGACUUCUCCGAGCCUUGGAAAGCUUGCUCCCAGUAGCAAUGGCUGUACGAACACGCUUCACAUCAGCAGCACGAACACCGUGGGGGAAGUGAUCGAGGCCCUGCUCAAGAAGUUUCUCGUGACUGAGAGCCCUGCCAAGUUUGCACUUUAUAAGCGUUGUCACAGGGAAGACCAAGUCUAUGCCUGUAAGCUCUCAGACCGGGAACAUCCGCUCUACCUGCGUUUGGUGGCUGGGCCCAGGACAGACACCCUUAGUUUUGUUCUUCGUGAGCACGAAAUCGGAGAGUGGGAAGCCUUCAGCCUUCCAGAACUACAGAAUUUCUUGAGGAUCUUGGACAAGGAGGAAGAUGAGCAGCUGCAGAGCCUGAAGAGGCGCUACGCAGCCUACAGACACAAGCUGGAAGAAGCCCUCAGUGAGGUGUGGAAACCCGAUUAAGGCACCGGGUUCCCUGCCGCUCGGGAAGGAAAGGCGCAGGACCUGUGUACAAACCGGCGCAAGGGUCUCUCUCGUCGGAGGGCUGUCUUCUUGCCCCGUGACGCUAGGGUCUUCCCUCUUUGAUCGCUAGAUCUAGUUCCCAAAACCUGGUCACGCAGCGUCCCGCACCUUAGGCAUCUUCUGUAAGGGAUUCUGCAAGCUUGUUCUGUUACGGCACUGCGGUGUUACCUCUCGGCAAGCUGUGAAUCUGUAGUCUCAUCUGGAGCCAUCCAGACUGCUUUGAAGCAUGGACUCUGGGGUUUUUGUUUUUGUUUUUGUUUUUAAGUCCUUACUUUCCUUUAGUUACUUUAAUUAUGUGAUGAUGCUGUUAAGCUGAAGGAUGUGCAAAUGAUUUUUUAAAGGCUUAACAAGGAAUCUAUCUGAACACUUGUCCUGUGUUGAAACUACCUGUUUUUUGUUUUUUGUUUGUUUUUUGUUUAUGUUUUGUUUUUAGAUGUCAGAGGAAGCAAUCCAUGUGAACUGUAAGGCACAGGAAGCUAGGAACUCUGAGGACUUUGUGAAGGGUUUCAUAGGAGUUUGACAAAGGAAGUGAAGAGCAAGUUUGCAAGAAGGCGACAGUGGAAGUUGGGGAGCUCUGCAGGAAUGUGGUUUGGGUGAGGCGUUGAUGGUAGGAGAGAAAGGUGUAUUUGCUGAUGAGGUGGACGCAUUCGGUUUUGAGAUGUUAAACCCAUUGUAGUAUUGCUUGAUUACCUGGUGAGUAAAAUAUGGGAACAGAGCCAAAGAAAGUAGCAGCUAGACCAAAAGGAGGGACCUGGGAAGUCUGCAGCUGAGCAGAACAUUCCGGCAGGUGGACCUCGCAGACCCAUACAUACAGGAGUCACGCCGCUGGGGCUGCCCUCCCUGUGGACGGUCCCAGUGCUCUCUUCUCAGGGUGGUGGGACAAUGACCGUUUGCUAACUCUGUUAUGUUGUGGUCCUCCCCCCACCCCCCACCCCCGCCCCCCAGCUGUUUUCUGGAUUGAAAAGGAGUCUGGGUAGGGAGCGGCUUGUCAGGUAGAGAGCUCGCAGAAGCAUACUUUUGUGACAAUCACUCCCCUCUUUUCCCCUUUUCCUCCCCUUCCCCUCCCUCCCUUCCUCCUUCUCUGUCUCCCCUCUUUUCCUUCCCCCUUCCUCUUACAGUCUGUUCUGACAUAAGGUAGAAUCGGGAUAUGGAUUGUAUAGACCCUAGGACUACUUGGCUGUAGGGAGGAGGGUGGCGAGAAAGGGAGGGACCCCCCCACCCCCACUCCCACCCCCCACCCCCCACCGCCCCGCAGCUGAUCACACAAGAGGGGUUCUUUCUGGAAAUGCUUUCACAAACGUGCAUGUUCCUCCCAACCAAAGAAAGGCAUGUGCAAUAGGAGCCUUCCUGAAAGCAGGUAAAAUAACCCCAUUCUUUUUUCAGCAAUCUGAAAACAAUGGGAAAGGUGUGCUUUGGUUCUAGAGGGGCCUUGUGGUCUAUUUUAGUCUAGAUAUGUUUUGUUUAUAAAUUCCCAAGGAAUUGUCAACACUUUGGUGACACCUAAUGGAUUCUUUUUGAAAUUCCAAGGUGCUUCAUUUCUUUGCCUCUUACGUGAACUGUGCCUUUUAUCGCAUUUCUGUUCCCCUCUUGGUGUGGCACUUCUGACUCUUCAGAGCACACCCAUCUUGUUGGAGGCAGGUGUAAGUGGCGGUCAUGCCGUGCCACACACGAUACUGCGACAAUCGUAUCUUCCUAAGCUUUUUAAGGAGAGUUGGGGGGUGGGGUGGGGAAGUAGAACUAGCUAUAAAAUAUGUAUGGCACAACUUGUUUAAUUUUGCAUGUAACUUCUUUUUAGUGCCUCGAUGAGGUUUUAGUGACAUUGUCAUCUAAUACUUUACCUUUUUUGUUCAGGGAAUGCCUUCGUGAUUUUUAUACUGGUUUUACUAUUCAAGACUGUGGCUUGGGUUUGAGCGUACUGUUAUCAACCACCUGGUCUUCUAUUCGCCCAUCCAGUAAGCUUAUGUUUUGUGAAGCUUUUGUUUCUCCGAUUAAGACACUGUUAGAACCUGAAGUAGUAGCUGAUGGCUAUCUGUGAAGGAAAAAAAAAAACAGCUUUUUUUUUUUUUUUUUUGUACUUGAACUAGAUUGUCUAAAAUAGGCAUCCUCAUCCGCAGUACCCAGAACCUCGCUCACUGUUGUGUGCACUACAAUUUGCAAUUUGGAAAAGUUGCUGUAUUGAAAUUCUGUCAGUACGCAGUUCUUUGAAUACUGAUGUUCUCUCCCAAACACUGGUUACUGCAGCAGCGUUUUUCAUGGGCGAAAGAAGAAAGGCCACUAAGGCCAAAGAUUUUUAAAAAUCAUUGUACAAAUUCUUACGUUAAAUUAAACUAAGCUUUGCUGUAAUACUGUUUUCUCUUCAGUAUGUGAUGGUACAGGAAUGUUGUUAAAUGAAGGGUGUAGUGUUGCAGGGGAGCAUUUUAAAUCGCAGAAGUAAAAAGUUAUAAUAUUUAUAAUUUUGAUGAGUUUAUUUUUAUAGGGAAGAUUUUUCUUCCCUACAGUUGUUUCUGGAAUGGCAAAUUGUUUCCAUUAUUAAAAGUCGAAGUUGUU